AUGAGCUUUGCCGACUUUGCGGCAACGGCCCCCGCGCCGCUCGCCACGGCCCCUCACGCGCCCACGCGCCCGUCGGACCCCACGCGGCCGUCCGUGGCGCUGCCCUGCGCGCAGACGCGGCAGGCCGUCGAGGGCGCGACCUUAAAGCUCGAGCAGUUCCAGCGUCAGGUCUUUGCCGUGAAACGCGCCGCCACAGCGUCUGGCGCCGUCGACGAGGACCUGCACGACCGCAUCCGCUUCGCGUGUCUCUUGCAGGAAGAGAUCGCCCGCGCGCUGGCCCACGUGCCCGCGGGGCCGCCGUCGAACUCGCUGAUCAAGCGGAAGCUGUGCAAAGACUUUGAAGCCAUUUCGACGCACCUCGAGGCCGCGGUCGUGCGCGUUGCGGCGCGCGAGCAGCAGCAGAAACAGACGCUCGUGGACCAGCAGGACGCGGGCAGUGGCCUCGUGGGCGCGCACGAGGGCCAAGUGAUUGCGUUUGCCGAGCUCGAGAGCGAGAUCGCGCACAACGAGGCGCUCAUUGAAGAGCGCGAGCACGACAUUAACCAGAUCCACCAGAGCGUGGCGCAGGUGAAUGAGAUUUUCCGCGACUUGGCGGCCAUUGUGCAGGAGCAACAGGGCGCGAUCGACGACAUUGACACGCACGUGCACGAGAGCAUGCAGCAGACACAAGAGGGGCUGAACGAGGUGAAGAAAGCGUCGGAGAUGCAGGGCUACUGCUUGAUUCAAUAG